CGUACAUCGAACUGAAGCUAUCUCUCACAGACAUGGCCAAGUCGGACAAGGUUAGAAAGGUACAUGGAAUAUCAAGUGUACAGAAGAUAUCCAAGGCGAGUGCUGCACUUUCGGACGAUGACGACGACUACGACGACAAGGCUGCUAUGCUCGCGGCGCUUCAAGCUCAUGGACGAGUAAUGUUCGGUUUCAAUGAACCUCUCAACGGGGAGAGUAGUGCUCAAGGUGCCUUGAGGAUGGCCACGAGCUCCGACGAUCAGGGCAGUGUAGAUGAGGAUAGUGAGGGUGAUGGCGAGGGGAGCUCGGAAGGAGGAGCGGCAGACGAGUCGGAUGAGAGUGAAGUCGAGGGGCAUUCAUCUGCCGUACAGGAGGUCGUCUUUGCUGGGACAAGCAGAGGGAGGGACGACGCUUCAUUGUCAAAAAACGAGAGAAGAGCCUUUCUCAACGGCAAGUCCUCAAAACUCUUAGGAUUUGCAAGCGGAGAGACUUCCACAGACUCGGGCAGGAAACGGCGGCGAGAUGCAGAUGAGGACGAUGACGACGAAGACGAUCAAUCCAAUCGGAAGCUCGAUAAGACGCUCCACGAAAUGCUUUUGACCAAUCUUCUCCCUUCAUCUACAUUAUCCACCGCCCGCCGCCCCAUCGACAAGCAAAAAGCCAUCAGUGGUCGUCUUUUAGAGCUAGCAAAGUAUGAGCUUCCGGGUCAAGGUUCCUCAUCGUUGUCCAAAGCGUCCUUCUCGACUCACUCUGCAAAGAUCCGAACGGGAAUUAUACACGCUCGGGACAAGCGAGAAGAAGAGGCCCGUAAGGAAGCUGAAGCCGCCAGCUGGGUCAGAGGGAUAGGCACCGUGUCGGGAAAGAAGAAGACUACUGAGACGGGCCGACAACGACGUGCUGGAGUCGGGGUGGAAGUCGGCAAGAAGAAGGGAAUGGAGAGUAGGAAGGAUGGUGAGAGAGAUAGAGGGUUGACAAUGGGGAUCGGCAAGUUUAGGAACGGGAUGUUGAGUCUGAGUCAGAGGGAGAUAGCUAGAGGUUCAGCGAAGGUAAGCGGUGGGCCCAGAUUUAAGGGCAAGAAGCGAUCGAGAAAGGGCUAGAGAAUGCGUCGGUGAAGUGCGUGAUAAGAGCCGAAGACUCUGGAUGCAACUUCUUCGUCCAG